AAUUUGAAGCAAAAUAAAAUGAUAAAGAAACAAGGUAAAUAAAAGAAGGGACUGGUGAACCCCAACGGCUUAACCCAUCAAAACCCACCUUAAACCCCUACCAAAUUAGCCCAUCUCUCAGACAGACGUAGCUUUCGCCGAACAGAAGCACUGCUCUGGCAGAGCUUCAUCGAUUGACUCAACUGAAAUUCAAAACAAUCUGGAGAGAACCAUAUUCUGAUGAAUUGCUUAUCGCACGCGACGUCAUAUUCUGCAUCUAUACUUAGAGGGACUCGUAAUUUCAUUGUUAGGAGUAGUUUUCAUCAUCAAGCUUAUUGUCCUCUUACAUGUAAAACAAACUUUGGGUAUCUGGGUGUUAAAACUAUCGAUUUAGAUUUUCUGCUGAACCGAUUUCGUGUUCAAUGUUACACUUCUAGAAGGAGUUCUACUGCCAAAACAUCUCGGUCUCGUAAAUUAAAUACUGAACCGGUGAUGGAACAAGACAAAGAUGAGUUCUUUGUUGUGCGGAAAGGGGAUGUUGUUGGUGUUUACAAGAGCUUGGCUGAAUGUCAGGCCCAAGUUGGAUCUUCUGUAUGUCAUCCUCCCGUCAGUGUGUACAAAGGGUACUCUUUGCCAAAGGACACUGAAGAGUACCUUGUCUCCCAUGGGCUUAAGAAUGCUCUUUACACUAUCAGAGCUGCAGAUUUGACUGAGGGUCUUUUUGGUUCACUUACUCCAUGUCCUUUUCAAGAAACACCUGGUUCAACAUCCAUUUUAACUGAUCCCUUGAAAAAGCAUGUCAAGUUGGACCAUGAUGUUGAGACCCAAGCAGCACCCUCUGAUUCUCGCUCUUGUAUUAUUGAAUUUGAUGGGGCAUCAAAGGGCAAUCCUGGACCAGCUGGUGCCGCAGCUGUGCUGCGAACCAAUGAUGGAAGUUUGAUCUGUAAAUUGCGUGAAGGUAUGGGCAUUGCAACUAAUAAUGUUGCUGAAUAUCGAGCCUUAAUUUUGGGGUUGAAGUACGCUCUUCGAAAAGGUUAUACAAACAUACAAGUCCGAGGAGACUCCAAACUUGUCUGUAUGCAGGUUUUGGGUUCGUGGAAGGCCAAAAACUCGAACAUGUCUGAUCUAUGUACGGAGGCAAAGAAACUGAAGGAUGGAUUUCUUUCAUUCCAGAUGACUCAUGUUCUAAGGGACCUGAACUCCGAGGCUGAUGCUCAAGCAAACUUGGCCGUUCAUCUUGGUGAUGGUCAAGUUACAGAGAAUUUUGAAUAAUAGUUCAAAUGAUGGACUGUUGGGAGUGAUUAAGGUGACCUGACAUUAAUGAAAAAUUAAACCAGAAGGUGUCCGUCCUCGCUACUGGCGGCGAUCCUGAUAUAGUGAAUAUGGUAUUCAUAAGAAUCGUUCAACCAUCUUUUGAUUUUGGAGGAAGAUUCUAAAAUUGAGGCCUUGGCUUGCACCAAUCCCUACCAUAAUUUGCAAACUGAAUUGAUUAUUAACUCAACCCAGAACUGGAUUCAGCUGCUUGGGGAAGAGGAAAGAACAAAACUUUGUAAUUUUACUUUUGACAUUCUUAAUAUUAAUAUUAGUUGCAUUCCUUCUUACUUACCACCACAACUGCUAUUGCAGGCAUGUAAUACUGAAUUGAUUGUUGAUCAUAAUUUGUGUGGCAUUAUAGAGUUUUGAUUCAUAAUUAUUUAUUUCCAUUUUUUACCUCAAACG